AUGCCCGCUGCCACAGAAGAGAAGGUUGCGCCCAAGAUCAUUGACCCUACAUCAGAGCAUGGCGAGGAAAUCGAUGCUUCUAUAGAUCGCGAUAGGAUACGCGUCCUGGCGGGUGCGACUGAGAGUGCCGCUUCUUUCCAGUUCGAUGGCGAGGAUCACACACUCGGCAACGCACUGAGAUACAUUAUCAUGAAAAACCCUGAUGUUGAGUUCUGUGGUUACUCUAUCCCCCACCCUUCUGAGACUAAGAUGAAUCUGCGCAUUCAGACAUAUGACAACGUCAGCGUGUACCAAGUCCUGGAGAAGGGGCUGGAGGACCUGAUGAACAUGUGUGAUGUCGUUACUGAGAAGUUCACCGUCUCGAGAGAGGAGUUUAUCAACCAGAUGGAGCAGUAG